AUGGACAGAGAACGACCUCUCCAUGUACCCACCAGUCAUGAUGCCAUCUGUAACUUAUAUGACGAAGACCACAUCACUGCUAAUAGUUUUAGAGCUUCAAAUGUAUCUGAAGAUGAAUCGUUCUGUUCCUAUUUCCUGGGACUUAUCAAGCAAUUCAAAGAUUGCCGGGCUCUGACGGAUCCUGAUACCGGAGUUUGCUUAAAUUACGAACAAUUUGUCCGUGCUGUUGUAGAGAUGUUAGACGCACUUCGGAGGAUUGGAAUCCAGAAAGGAGAAGUUAUUGGCACCUUAUGUGGAAAUUCAACAGAGUUCAUCAUCUUCUGCCUUGCGGCUCUCGGUUUAGGGUCUGCUGUCCUUCCUUUAAAUCCCGCGUACACAUCAAAUGAAAUCGACAAGUACUUUUUGCAAGCUAAUGUCCAUUGGGUCUUAACCGAGUUACAAUACUUUGACAAACUUUGUACAACCAAACUGAGUAGAAGUGAAGCAGUUUUCAUUGUGUUAGAUGCCUCAGAUACGACAAUACGGUAUUAUGGGCUGCUAGAAUACUUGAAUGCAUUACCAGAAUGCAAACUGCAACAACCAUACCAGUUUGCCAAAGGGGCCUUUAUAUUUUACUCGUCUGGCACAUCAGGACCCCCAAAAGCAGUAGUAAUUGGGAAUAAACAGUUGAUAUCGACUGUCAAAACUGCCAGGACCGCACCACGAAUCAGUCAUGGGAAGUAUCAACUGCCACAGAUAGACCAAGAUGAUGUAGUCUAUGGCGUCCUACCGUACUUUCAUGCUGGAGGCCUACUAACAACACUUUGUAUGUUGGCAGUAGGAGCUAAUACUAUUGUGAACGGAAAGUUCAAUGAAAAUCUCUUUUUUAAUACAAUAGUGGCAUUCAAGGUGACAAUUUUGAACAUCGUCCCCUCAUUGCUGCUUAUAAUUGACAAGUGGGACGAAGAAAAAUUUUCACAACUCUCAUGUAUGAGGUAUAUUUUCGUGGGCUCCUCCAAAACCAAUCCACGCUUAGUGAAGACAGUAGCAGAAAAGUCAAAGAUUAAAAUCAUUGAACUGUAUGGUUCCACGGAAACCGGUAUUAUUAACUUUAUACAUCCAGUCAACUGUCAAACAAAAGAAGGAAGUUGCGGAAUACCUAUAUAUGGAGUACAAGCUAAAGUCGUAAAUGUAGAAUGUGGGAAAGAAUGUGGACCAUCAGAGAUAGGAGAACUUUGGCUACAAGCUCCGACAGUAAUGGAACACUAUUUAGAAGGAGUGAUCAGCAACCAAAAAAAUAUUAUUCCACCAAGCAAAACUACGGAGGGCGAAGAUUCUUGGUUUCAUACUGGAGAUCUUGCGUAUUAUGACAAUGAAAAGUUCUUCUACAUUACGGGGAAGGUUAAAGAAGUUAUUAAAGUGCGCGGCUGGCAAGUUUCCCCCUAUGAACUGGAAGAAGAGCUGAUGAAAAUCAAUGCAGUGAUGGAUUGUGCGGUUAUCGGUGUCCCUGAUGCUAUAAACGGACAGCUUCCAAAAGCUUAUGUUGUUUUGAAACCUGGAGCAACAAUAUCUGAAGCAGAAAUCAACAGUUACAUGAGUGGUCGAGUUUCCAGCUACAAACAGUUAACUGGUGGGAUCACAUUUGUAUCAAGUCUUCCUAAAACUCCGUCUGGCAAAACUGCAAAGCACCUGAUAACCAAAUGCCUUGACUAA